GAUAGGUGGGUCAGCGGGUAGCGGGUGGGUGGGAAACGCGUCGAAAAGAAGUAUCUUUGAUCGUCGAUCGUCUCUCGUCGACGAAGGUUAACUUUGCGCGACCGCAAAACUCGCGGUUGUGCUCGCGUCACGAGAUCGUAAUCAGCGGCGAGCGGAACGGUGAUGCGGAGUGAAAACGCGACCGCAACGAGAUCGUCGCCGUCGCGUUGGACUCCGUUCGCGCGAGCAGCAGCCUCAACGUCACGUCACGGCGCUCGUACGUAAACGAAGGGCAAAUGGAGUCGUCGGACGCGGUGCGAAAGCGUGUACGUUCCUCUCUGGCACGCGGCGGGACAUCCGGCUGACCAGGGGUUCUCAUAAUCGGGACUCGGGAGCGACAGCAGCGGAAAAACUGCGAGAAGGAAAAACGAUGGCUCGAUCGAGAGGAACGUGAAAAUCGGCCGUCAUCCUGGCACGUGGCAAAUCGGGUCAAAGGCCUGGAUCCUCGUCCUCCUCGUCCUCGUCCACGGAGAGGAUGCAAAAGAUGCCCGGGCCGUCGACGACGCAGGAGAGACCCCGUGCUCACCGGCUCACCGACAUCGAGUCUCAGACGAAGAGCUUGGGUGGUAAUCGGGCGGAUGAUUUCGGCACGCCUAUCAGUUCUGGCAGCAACAUGAGUAAUAUCGCACGCUUUCCGAAACUUGACGAAUGUGCCCAUUUUCACUACGAGCAUGUCGAGCUUGGUACUCUGGAGGUAUCCGUCAACGAAGGCUCCAACGACUCGGAGAGCUACGCCGUUCGAAUAACAUCCGGAGACGCAUGUUGGACGCUACAGAGAUCUUACGACAACUUCGUCAUGUUUGAUAAGCAACUACAUCGGUGCAUAUUCGACAGAAAGUUUUCCUCCUUAACGAAGCUUCCAGAUGUUCGGCCAAAAAAUGCCUGUGAUAUACUAAAGGAUUACUUGAGCCGGUUCUCGCAGCUGAAUCACGAUGGCCUAAACUGUGGCCCAGUAUUAAAUUGGUUACAACUCGAUAACAGGGGAAGAAGAAUUCUGGUACCCGAAUCGGAUUCCUGUCCUAUUAAUACUCCAGCUGUCGCUGCGGCAUAUGCCGUGCGACCUUACACCGCUCAAGCACAAGAUGAGAUCUCUUUCCAGGUAGGCGAUAUGAUAUCCGUUAUAGACAUGCCCCCUCCGGGGGAAAGCACGUGGUGGCGUGGAAAGCAUGGAUUUGCGGUUGGGUUUUUCCCAGCCGAAUGCGUCGCCGUAAUUGGGGACAAAGUACCGCGUCACUUGACUGUUUCGACGACGGUCAGGUCAAGGUUACCAGUAAAGCCCGUGCUCCGGAAACAUGGCAAAUUAAUCGCCUUUUUUAGAUCCUUUAUACUAAAUCGACCUUCUAGGCGGAGAUUAAAACAAUCGGGUAUAUUGCGAGAGCGUGUGUUUGGUUGUGACUUGGGAGAACAUCUAUUAAACUCUGGUCAAGACGUGCCUACCGUUUUGACGUGCUGUGCGGAAUUCAUAGAGAAACAUGGUCUAGUCGACGGUAUAUACCGCCUUAGUGGCGUAACGUCCAACAUUCAAAAACUGCGGAACGCCUUUGACGAAGAUAGAGUACCAGCGUUGCAUUCCGAUGAGAGUAUUUUGCAAGAUAUUCACUCCGUAGCGUCGUUAUUGAAGAUGUAUUUUAGAGAGCUGCCAAAUCCAUUGUGCACAUACCAACUUUAUUCCACUUUUGUCAAUGCAGUUCAAGCUGGCAGCGAUGCCGAGAGAUUGAGACGUAUGAGAGAUGCAGUUAGAAAGUUACCGCCACCGCAUUACAGGACAUUGGAGUAUUUGAUGCGUCAUCUGGUGAGGGUAGCCGCACGUGGUACGGAAACAGGUAUGACUCCACGCAACGUAGCCAUCGUCUGGGCGCCAAAUCUCUUGAGAUGCAAGGAAUUGGAAGUGGGUGGCGUGGCGGCGCUUCAGGGCGUUGGAGUCCAGGCAGUCGUGACGGAAUUUCUAGUUUGCUACGCGGAACUUAUAUUCGGGGACGGCCCAGUCGGUAGACCAAAAUCUUUGGCGAUCACUACGUCCGCCCGACUGCUUACUUUGGAGGAAGCGCGCAAUAGAAGUUUCAGAGGCGAACCCGAUUACAUAGAAGUAGGAGCGGGUCCGACUGGCCUGCCUCUGCGUUAUCAUACUGUCAUAGAACUACCGCGCAAACGAAAUGGCUCGAAACGAUCACCUUCUCUUAAUUGGAGAGCGCUGUUCGGCAAGGGCGCUGUCGAAAAAACGAGACAAAUUGGCACGCCGUCUCAAGUGGAAACGGUACCGAGUUCUAUGAACUCCUUGCGACGAUUGAGACCCGUCAAAAGUGCCGACAGUCUAGACGGCGAGGAUGGAUUGGGUCCCCUCUUAGGAGGACCACCUCCUAUCAGAACCUGCGGUCACAGUCGAUCCGUUUCGCACGACUCGUACUUUGACCACUUGGCUGAUGCGCCCAACGCAUCCUCGCCGUUGGAUCUCUCAGAAAUACAACUCAAUUUUGAUCUCGAAGAACGAGAGAUGCGAAUGCUUUCGGAAGAGGAAGGUGGCGGAGUGGCGUCGGUAGAGGCCUCGCCGCGUCGACAGAGAACCGAAGGAAAUCAAUGUGCCACUGCAACCGGUGGAUCUAAAAGGAAACGAUCUCGUUUAGAAGAAAGACUGCAUUGCGACGUUGAGUUGCGUUUCAUAGACAGCCAAAGUCCCGAUCAGGUCAUGGUAGCGACAAGUGUGGAUAUUCACAGUGUCGAUACACCGUCUCCAUUACAAACUCCAGGCUAUCUACCGUUGUUAUCAGAAGCCUCUACGCCGUUAACCCCUGCCACAUUGCAAGGCACGUCUCACUCCACCUCGCCGGCACCGGCUAAUAGCCCUAGAAUAAGUUUUCGAAGUUUCACUUUGCCGUUAGAAAUUGGCGACGAGCGCGAUGGAAGCGAUACGAAGUUGAAGGAAACCAGUGUGUCCUCUUCCGAAAAAUCGUCGGAUCCUAGCCAUAGAUUAUCUAUAAAUUUUGAAGAUCGGGACAAAAGAUUGGAGCCAUGUGAGAGGAUUAUAACGUAUGACAGGCGAGCGGAAUUGCGCGAAAGGAACGCGACUACCACGUCGCUUUCGCGCACUGAAAAUCGCGUCGCAACUCAAUCGAGUGCGGUUGCCUCCGUUUUCAAUGAUACAGAGAUGACAUCGUGUAACCAAUUAUCCUCUUCGUGCGACGAGAGAGCAUCUAGUGGGGUUGCCGUAUCUCGCAAGGACGUGACAAGCGGACUGAGUUUACAUUCUGUGGAGACAUCGUCUAAAUCGUAUGAGGAAAAAGAAGAAACAAUUAAAGGAUGCGACGAAUCCGAUCCGUCGAAUAGUCUUACCGCCGAUUUGCCAAGAUUGUCAUCUAAUACGACCGAUCUCGAUUCUCCGAUGUCAUACGAGCAAACUCUGCAAGAGCUACAAGAUUCCGAAUUCGUAAUUUGCGAUACCUCCGAUAAAGUGUUCACCAAUACGAAAAAUCCGCACGCGACAGGCAGCAGCAACGACUCCGGCGACUGGGUGAUCGUCGGAAGAACAGUAGUUAAUUCCUUUACGACGCCAAUCAGCGAAUCGACUAGUCCCAACGAUUCCUUUGUGGAAAGCAACGCGAAUCUAGGGUCGGAGAACGUUCCCGGAACAUUGCUGGAACUCACCUUGUCUCCAACCGCGGAGACGUUCUGCAUGAGGGUCGACAAUUCGACGGGAAGUCAUAUAUCGACGCAAGAAAGCGAGGAGAUGAUACUCGAUGUUACCGAUACGAAGAAGUACACGAGUCACGAGCACGAACGAGAAGAGGCUGAUUUGCAGACGAGUUUGAGCCUCGUAAACGAGGAUAAUCUCGUGGACGACGCCCAUUCUCGACGAUUAUGCGACCGGGAGAAUGGCAAUCGAUAUUCUUGUAUUGCGGACGUAAAUACGGGCCAAGAGUCUAACGCGAGAGAGCAGCAGCAACAAGUUCGCGCGUGUUACAUCGAGGCGGACAAUGCAAACGUAUUUGGUACAAAUCGGAAUGAAGUACGCAACGAUAAAGAACUGUUCGGGGAAACGGAAACCUUCGAGAACUAUCGUCGUCUGUCGAGAGAUAUCAGCGCGCAGCAACGAGAUUGCGCGACGCGAACCUUACACGUCACGAAUCAUCCGCGAUUCUCGAAUAAACCUGAGGGGGAUCAGGAAACGAGCGUUAUGCGAGACGAUUGUGACAACGACCACUGUACGAACGGACUGUCAAAAAAGUGCCAAAGUUUCGGAUACAAUAAUUUACAGAAGCAGCAGAGUAAUACGCAACAGAUACGCAAAUGCGCUUCCAAACGUAGCGACGAAGGUCAUAAGGGCGCCAGCUUACAAGCCAGUCAAAUACGAGGCAAUAUCGAAGUGAGAAUUCCUUCGGAGAAUGCGGCCGAGCCUUGCGAAGUAGCGCACGCCCCAGAAGGGGCAUCCGAGUUGAUGGAACGGACAUUAGACACGUCGAGUACAUUCACGAACGCCUCGUCUCCGAUCGUCGACUCCGACACGGUGGUUCUUCCACCACGGGAUACCGCGGCGAUCUUGCAGGAGUUAGCUCUACAGAGAUUGUCUGGAGGCCCUGUAGGAGACAUGUCCAUACCCGUAAGAAGAAAAUACGAGAGCGAAACGAUUAGAGAGCGAAGAAGCUUCGAUUCGGAGAUCGGCAGGGAGAUCGUAAGAGAGAGUAAGAUAAGACAGGAGUUGGACUGCGCGAGAGGCAAGUUCGAAGAGCCGUCUCAGCAUUUACCACCCUGCUUGCGAGCACGUCACGCGAGGGCGACUCGGGCAACACUGAGCCGUUCCUUGGACGAGGCGAAGUUUAAUCGGAUGACGGGAGACAUCUCAUUGUCGGUGAAACCAACGUCCGAGGACGUGCAGCAUUGCUCGACGCCUAAUGUCGGUAGCAGCUCCGGUACCUGCUCGAGCGUCUCCGAAAAGAUUCACCUGAGAAAUCUUGGCGGUCUAGAUCUAGGAGAUCCGCAGUGUAGAGAAAGAAUCGAAAAGUACAAAGAGGAGAGAAGGACGUUCUUGAGAGACAAGUAUCGGUCGGAAAGUUUUCGCGGAGUUUCAUCAAAAACAGAAGAUGACAGUGAGCAGGCGUUAUUAACCAGGUUGAAACAGAGAGCUUCAAGACCGUCUCUUCAUUAAUAAAAAUCGGUCUUCGUAAGAUCAGAAAAGAGAGAGAGAAAGAGAGACAGAGAAAGAGCGAGAUCGUUCUCUUGUAGUAGUAAAAAUAAGUUUUUGAGUAGUUAACGCGUAAUGCGAUACCUACUAUCUAUCUGCAUUUUAGAACAAGCGCGAAUUACGUAGGACAGUUGUCAAGUUAAUCAACCGUACGACCAAAUUCUAUCAACCUUGUUCUUAACGCCAUGUCUGCUUUUGUUUUUGAAUAUGAGGCAACUAAUUAGAAUGACGGGACUGAUCGAGCAAAUGUAUAUCUAAACGGUAAUAAUAGAGAAUGCGUUUAUCUUAAAUUACAUAACUUUACGGCUCGUAUAUAUUUUUAUUGAAUUUAUAUUCAAUAUCCCAGGUAUAUAUAUGUACGCUAACUUGGGCUUAUUUGUACUACACGAGCGAAUGCCGUUGCAUUCGACAACAUAUUGUUUAUGUAAUUUUGCCAAACGCUCUUUUACUAGAUUCACUAAAUCGCUUUCACUUGAAUCUCAUCGGUUAAGCCGCAGCAUAUCGCGGUUGAUAAUAAAGAUGAAUUAUGAUGAGGAUGAAACGAGUUGCGCGAUCUAUCUUCGUAUCGUCGAUCGCUAUUGUUAGCUGAAUUGUAUGUUUUUAAAUUUCAUUAUUAAUUUAUUACGAAUUUGA